CAUGUACUUGGUGCAAGACGCGGCACUAUCCGAGACUUCAAUGAUCAGUGUAGAGAGUGAGGCAGGGUUAGGAAAUGUGCAUAACGGGGGGAACGAAGCAAAUUUGAACGUUGUGAGCGAGAUAGCGGUAGAAGAAAUACGGAAAGUAGAUGAAACGACAAGUAAACCGGUGAAUGGAAUAAGUGGGGAUGUGAUAUCGUUUAAUUAA